UUUCCGCUAGUGGGGGUGGUUGCUGUGUCAGAACGCCUCGGCUGCCUCUGGCCAUGGCGAACGACGGUGGCGCGUACCGGCUUCGCUGCUCCCUGCUGGGCCACGGGCAAGACGUGCGGGGCCUAACCUGCAGCCUGUUUCCGCCGGGCGGCUUCGUGUCUGUCUCCCGGGACCGGACUGCGCGGCUCUGGGCUCUUGACGGUCUUAACAGGGGGUUUACUGAAAUCCACUGUAUGAGUGGCCACACAAAUUUUGUAUCCUGCGUAUGCAUCAUACCUCCAAGUGAACUCUAUCCUCGUGGCCUGAUUGCGACUGGUGGCAAUGAUCAUAAUAUUUGCGUUUUCACAAUUGACAACCCAGCUCCUCUUUACAUCCUUAAGGGUCAUAAGAACACAGUUUGCAGCCUUUCAUCUGGAAAAUUUGGCACGUUAUUAAGUGGAUCGUGGGAUACAACGGCCAAGGUCUGGUUGAAUGACAGAUGUAUGAUGACAUUACAGGGUCACACAGCUGCAAUAUGGGCAGUAAUAAUACUGCCUGAACAGGGAUUAAUGUUGACUGGUUCAGCUGACAAAACCAUUAAACUGUGGAAGGCAGGCAGAUGUGAAAGAACAUUCACUGGACAUGAAGAUUGUGUAAGAGGUUUAGCUAUUCUCAGUGAAAUGGAAUUCCUUUCCUGUGCUAAUGAUGCUACUGUUCGAAGAUGGCAGAUCUCUGGCGCGUGUCUGAAUGUGUAUUAUGGACAUACAAAUUAUAUAUACAGCAUCUCUGUCUUCCCUCAAUGUAAAGGUUUUGUGACUACUGGAGAGGAUAGAUCUCUUAGAAUCUGGAAGAAAGGGGAAUGUGCUCAAACAAUCAGACUCCCAGCUCAGUCUGUAUGGUGCUGCUGUGUGCUAGACAAUGGUGACAUUGUAGUUGGUGCAAGUGAUGGAAUUAUAAGAGUGUUUACAGAGUCUUUGGAACGUACAGCAAGUGCUGAGGAGAUUCAGGCUUUUGAAUAUGAGCUUUCUCAAGCAUCUAUUGACCCUAAAACUGGUGAUCUGGGAGAUAUUAAUGCUGAUGACCUUCCUGGAAGAGAACAUCUCAAGGAUCCUGGAACAAGAGAUGGGCAGACACGGCUUAUUGAAGAUAAUGGGAAAGUAGAAGCUUAUCAGUGGAGUGUUAGUGAAGGAAGGUGGAUAAAGAUUGGCGAUGUUGUUGGUUCUUCUGGAGCCACACAGCAAACAUCUGGAAAAAUUUUAUUUGAAGGAAAGGAGUAUGAUUAUGUUUUCACUAUUGAUGUAAAUGAAAGUGGGCCUUCCUACAAACUGCCAUAUAACAUUACUGAUGAUCCUUGGCUGACUGCAUACAACUUCCUGCAAAAGAAUGAUCUAAAUCCUAUGUUUCUGGAUCAGGUGGCCAAGUUUAUUAUGGACAACACUAAGGGACAAACACUGAGUACAAGUUCUGAAUUUUCUGAUCCAUUUACAGGUGCUGGACGUUAUGUUCCAGGUUCUUCAUCUGGAUCAAGUACGGUACCUGGGGCAGAUCCAUUUACAGGUGCUGGUCGCUAUGUUCCUGGUUCAGCAUCAAAUGAAGUAGCUCCAGUGGGUGGAGUUGAUCCGUAUACAGGAAUGGGCGCCUACCAGUCAUCUGAAGCUAAAGCUGAAAAUAUUUAUUUUCCAAAAAAGGAUGCUGUCACCUUUGACAAGGCCAACCCUUCACAGAUACUGGGCAAAUUAAAGGAACUUAACAGCAGUGCAACUGAAGAGCAUAAGCUUACAGAAGAUGACUUGAUAACCCUAGAAAAAUUGUUGUCUGCAACAUGCAACACCUCUGCAGAAACACCUACAGCACAGCAACUUCAGACUUUAUGGAGAGCAGUUAACUGGCCAGAAGAUAUUGUCUUUCCAGCCCUAGACAUUCUUAGAUUGUCUGUCAGGCAUCCCACUGUGAAUGAGAACUUCUGCAAUGAAAAGGAUCACGUACAUCUUGCCAUCCUCCUUAAAUUUCUGAACCCCAACGGAAAGCAAGCAAACCAGCUGUUGGCACUUAGAGCUCUUUGCAAUUGUUUUGUCAGCCAGGCAGGCCAGAAGCUCAUGAUGGAACACAGGGGUGAAAUAAUGACACAAGCAAUAGAAACAAAAUCAGGCAGUAAGAACAUCCACAUUGCACUUGCCACACUGACACUGAACUAUGCUGUGUGUUUACAUAAAGACAACAACAUUGAGGGCAAAGCUCAGUGUUUAUCAGUAAUCAGCACAGUUAUGGAAGUUGUUCAAGAUCUUGAAGCUGUUUUUAGACUGCUUGUGGCUCUUGGGACGCUGAUCAGUGAUGAUACAAAUGCUGUGCAAUUAGCUAAGGCUCUUGGAGUUGACUCUCAAGUAAAAAAGUAUGCCUCUGUAUCAGAACCGGCUAAAGUAAAGGAAUGCUGUAGGUUUGUGCUUAAUCUGCUAUAAUUGUUUUUAUUUGCACUUGGGAGACACUGUAUGCAGAAAAAAGAUGCUUUAUUCAUAUUUUGUGACAAACUACAAUUGAGAAAACACUGGGGAUGAAUUACACUUGGUUUGUUGCAAGACACAGAGCAAAUAAAACUUUUUACACUGUUUGUCAUUUGACUGCUUUUCUGAGGUCUGUAGUGCACAGGAUCUUUCCUUUUGAUGUAGCUCAGAUCAAAAUAGAUCAAAAUAGCCAGACAAUCUUGCUAUUAAAGGUUACCUAGAUGGCAGUGUAGAAAGUGGCUGUGAUUCUGUGACCAUCAACUCCUAGCAUCCACCUCAGGAAUAUUUCUGCUUUUCAGCACGAGCCUCUUUCUUGACUUUUAUUUUUUAUUUUCUUUUUUGGUUAGGGGAUACGGGGCUCUGUGAAAUGUUCAGUAGCGCUUUUCUCAUACUUACGAGUUAACAGUGGUUAAUAUUAACCCUGGUCAAAUAUUCUGCUAAGGAAAUUACAUAUAUCUCAUUUUGCACCUGCUUUUAUCCACUUCCUUUUGAAAUAGAGCUCUUUUAUGGCUCUUUAAGCUAGAACUAGGUGACUUUUUGAGGGGUGGAAUUGUCAUGUAGAUGUUGCACUUCACUGAUAAAGUGAGUAUCUGUAGCUUGUAAAACGGCUUGAACUUCUACAAUAGCUUUUAACUUCUAAUGACAGGGAUACUCCACCAUUUGAUAGCAAGUAUCUCAUCCCAAAGCAUGUUACAUAAUAGGUUAUUACAAUAAAAGGAAGUAAUUUUGGGGAGAGAAAUUCAGGUUCAGAGAACACACUGAAGAGCAGAAACUGGAAGAGACUUCCUAGAGGUGGUUGAUACCCCAGGCCUAUCCCUGUUUAAGGGGCAUUUAGAAAAUGCCCUCAAUUUUAGCUUUAACAGCAUUAACUUUUGGUCAGCUAUAAAGUGGUCAGGCAGUUGACUAGAUGAUCAGUGUAGGUCCCUUGGAACUCAAAUAUUCUAUUCUAAACUGUACAAAUGUAAAGUCAAGUUUUAUGAAGUAGCUUUAACAUAGUAACUGUGGUGACUGUGAAAAGGGAAAAUAACAUUUUACAGCUAUUUGAGCAGAUCAAGAUGUUCAGCUCAAAAGGGGAUAUGAUGUCCUACAAAUGUUACAUUGGUUUAAAAUUAAGAUGCAAUCAAGAUGGUCAAUGUUCAAGUUACAUUUUUCAUUUGGCUAAUACAGUGGAAAACAUGAAAAAAAAAUUGGCAAGCCUUUCAGAUACACGAGCUCUUUGUCACAAUACUUGUCUGCCUCAUUUGUGCUGGGUGUGAAGGACUGUGUAACUGAGAGCUCUAACUUUUUUUGCUCCAUCCAGUGAACUGUGAGUUACUUCCAGCAGACCUGGUUUCUUAGACGCUUAGUUGCAUACUUGUAGUGCUACAAUUCUUACAGAUUUUCAGGUACAUAUCCUCACAGUCUUGAUUACAGCUUUAGUCACAGGCUUUCUUCAUUUAGUGCAUCGCAGGUUCAUGUAUAAGGCAGUCCAAAAGAUUACUCAUGAUUUACAGUGCUAAACAAUAGAUCAGCCUUUUCUUGGGAAAAUAUCUAAGAGGCUAUCUUUAGGAAACAUGUCUGUGAAAUGAUGUGCCUGUCUAUUGAAUUUUGGUUGCCUAUUAUAUAAUUGUUCUUGAAGCUUGGGCUUUUUAAUGUGCUUUUCAACUGUGUUUGUAGACAUGCUAUUUUGAGAAAUCUAUACUCAAGUAACAUUCUGGUCUUAUUACUGUGGGAUUGCUGUGUUACAGAUUACCUCCUUACCUGAAAAUUGUCAUGAAUUUUCCCAGACCAAAAAUCAAUGUUUGUGUUAAUAAAUACAUUUUGGCAACUCU